AUCAGAAAAAAAAAAAAAAAAAAAAAAAACCCGACAAGGGAACAAGAAAAGAAUCUUAAAAGACCAGGAGCUGUUGUUCUUCUUCUUCCUCUUCCUCAACUAACAUUCCACGUCCAAAUCUACGUCACAGGGUAGGAGAAAGUUUUCAUCUUCGACAUGGAUUUGCUGAAAAAAAUGCACGAAUGCCACAUGAACAACAGCAGCGGAAAGCAACUAAAUUUUGCAGAGGAAACGAAGGGUUCACCGGAGACAGACAUGGCUGAGGCCGCUUCAACCUCCCCUUCCUCGACCAACCCUUCUUGGUUCAGUCCACAGAGGCUUCUAGUCAUAUUUUGCAUCAUUAACAUGAUAAAUUAUGUCGAUCGUGGAGCCAUAGCGAGCAAUGGUGUGAAUGGAAGCCUUGGGACAUGCUCGGAGAGUGGGACUUGCACAUCUGGUAGUGGAAUACAAGGGGAUUUCAAUUUGGAUAACUUUGAAGAUGGAGUUCUAUCAUCUGCUUUUAUGGUUGGACUGCUUAUUGCUUCUCCAAUAUUUGCAUCAAUAGCAAAAAGAAUUAAUCCUUUUAGGCUCAUUGGGGUUGGAUUGUCAGUGUGGACUGCUGCAGUCAUUGGAUGUGGCUUCUCAUUUGAUUUUUGGUCCAUUGCAAUUUGCCGCAUGUUUGUUGGUGUUGGUGAAGCUUCUUUCAUAAGUCUUGCAGCUCCAUUUAUUGAUGAUAAUGCCCCAAUAGAUCAGAAAACUGCUUGGCUGGCGAUAUUUUACAUGUGCAUACCGACUGGGUACGCACUUGGCUACAUUUAUGGAGGACUUGUAGGUAGCCAUUUGAAUUGGCGUUUUGCAUUCUUUGGGGAGGCAAUUCUGAUGAUACCUUUCGCAUUCCUGGGCUUCAUCAUGAAACCGUUGCAAUUAAAAGGUUUUGCUCCUCGUGAAUCGAGUAAAGCACAGACAGCAAUAGAGACUGUUGGAAUUGAAACUCAAGAUGUGGAGGUCAAGAAUGACGACUUAUCCACAAAGCACGAAGCCAGGGGUAAACACUCGAAUAAAUCUGCCCAGUCAGGAGUCUCCUACAGCUUGGAGCAUUUCUCUGAUUUCCUGAGAGACAUGAGAGUUCUUUUGAGUGAGAAGGUCUAUGUCGUGAAUGUUCUAGGUUCCGUAGCGUACAACUUUGUGUUGGGGGCGUACUCUUACUGGGGACCUAAGGCCGGUUAUUCUAUCUACAACAUGAGGAAUGCAGAUUAUAUAUUUGGAGGAAUCACAGUUGUCUGUGGAAUUUUUGGAACUUUAGCAGGAGGCUUUGUUCUCGAUUACAUGAAUUCAACUAUUCCCAAUGCUUUCAAGCUAGUUUCAGCAGCAACUUUUGCUGGUGCCAUAUGUUGCUUCACUGCCUUUUGUUUCAAGAACAUGUAUCCCUUCCUUGUUCUAUUCGCAAUUGGCGAGCUCCUGGUCUUUGCAACUCAGGGACCUGUAAAUUUUAUAAAUCUUCACUGUGUAAAACCUAGUCUUAGAGCACUAUCCAUGGCAAUGGCCACAGUUUCGAUUCACAUCUUCGGAGAUGUUCCUUCCUCACCCCUUGUCGGAGUUCUUCAGGAUUAUGUGAACAACUGGAGGGAGACUGCUCUUAUUCUCACAGCUAUCUUGUUUCCAGCAGCAGGAAUUUGGUUUAUAGGAAUAUUUCUGAGGAGCGUGGAUAGGUUCAAUGAAGACAGUGAGUCAAGGCUUAUUGAGACAGAUGGGUCAAACACAACCCCAUUGCUUGAAGAGAAUCCUGCAGAAACAACGGAUGAUGCCAGAUGAUAUAUGCCCACAAGGAACCCAAAAGAUCAGUUUGGGAAAUGCGGGUUACAUUUUACUUUCUGACUUUUGGCUUUACAAAGAUUUCUGUCUAUCCUUCAACUAUUCGAUACAGCAAACAGUGAGGAAUUUGUGGAAUUUGGCUGUCAGAAAUUCCUCUCUUCUCUGUAAAUUCUCUACUGUAAAUAGACAUCUCCAACAGUUUACGUGCGACCUCCUCUUCUAAUUUU